AUGAAAGCCAUUGAAGCCUUACACUUACGGUGUAUGCUUCCACUAUCCAUCACCAAAAAAACUCUCUUUACACACCAAACACCAACCCCAUUAUCAUCAAUUUCAAACCCACAAUUGAGUUUAACCUUAUCAUCUUCUCAAACUGCUACUGUCAGAACAAGAGCAGGUUGGUUUUCGGGUCUUACAAAGGACAAUAACAACAAGAAGAUGAAUUUGCCUGAUACUGUUAAAGCUGGUGACCCUGUUCUUCAUGAGCCUGCUCAAGAAGUUGAUCCUAGUGAGAUUAAGUCUGAGAAAGUGCAGAAAAUUAUUGAUGAUAUGAUUAGGGUCAUGAGGAAAGCUCCUGGUGUUGGUUUGGCUGCUCCUCAGAUUGGAAUUCCUUCUAGGAUAAUUGUUUUGGAAGAUACCAAAGAGUAUAUUAGUUAUGCACCAAAGGAAGAGACCAAAGCUCAAGAUAGAAGACCUUUUGAUCUUUUGGUGAUCGUGAACCCCAAGCUGAAGAAUAAGAGCAACAAGACUGCCCUAUUUUUUGAAGGGUGUUUGAGUGUUGAUGGAUUUAGAGCUGUGGUAGAGCGAUACCUUGACGUUGAAGUUACAGGUUUGGAUCGUAAUGGCGAACCGAUCAAAAUAUCUGCUUCUGGUUGGCAGGCACGGGUUUUACAACAUGAAUGUGAUCACUUAGAGGGAACUCUAUAUGUCGAUAAGAUGGUACCUAGAACUUUCAGAACCGUAGAAAACUUGGAUUUACCUCUUGCUCAAGGAUGCCCGAAACUUGGCCCUUGGUAA